CAUUUUUUUAAAUAAUCAAUGUCUUUAUAAAGUAUUGAAUUAUAGAAAUCAUUCAAUUUCGAUUAAUACUUUAGAAGUUUAACUCAAUAAUUCAAAAAUGAGAUUGAAUAACGGAUGUUUUGUGGUUUUUUUUCUAUUUUUUGUAAUAUAUCGAGUAGAUUCAAGACCGCAGUUCUUUUUGGAUAAAAUCGGUGAUACGUUAAAACAAACAGGUUGCAAGGUUCAAGAAAUCGGUUCAAAAGUAUUUUCACAUAAACAAAAUGGUGGUUCCAGUUCUUGUACAGAUAAAAAUAACGGGGAAAAAAAUUCUAACGAUCCGUUUAUAAAUAAUAGUGAACAAAAACCUUCUACGGGUUAUGCUAUUAAUCAAAACUCCAAUCAACCAAGUGACGUACAAAAUCAUCGAAACCAAGUUGGUUACGAACCAAAUAAUCAACAAUAUCCCACUCAUGUCGAGAAUGAUGUUCAACCAACACGAUCAAGUACCAAUCGUCCUAACACAAUGGUUUUCCCUGGAGAAGCCGAAAAACCAAAACCUUCUACAUACAAUAGUCAACAAGGACUCGAUGGUAGAACUCUUGCAAAUAAACCUAAUCAACAAAUGGAACCCGUAGGAGAAAAUCCAAGUCACGUUCGAGGUAGCAACGUAGCAGUUAGUUCUUCAACUACUGCUCGAAGCCACUCCCGGAAAACUUACUUGGACCAUUCCUCUAAACGUAAGCAGUAUAGUAGCGAUUAUUCCGAUGAGGAUAGUGAUGACGGAACAUCUAAGAAAAAGAAGAAGAAGAUACCCGCAACUCCUCCACCUGAUAGUAACGAGGAUGGUGAAGGGGUAACGGACGGAAGGAGUCUUAUCGGAAAAGUUAAAACGAAUUGUCCCGAAGGAUAUGUAGCUGACAAAAGAGGGAGAUGCAGAGAAGUGUAUGGAUGAAUAUAAAAUGUUUAAAUAAAACUGUAUAAUAAACUAUGUUUCAAUA